AUGACAGAGGCUACUGAACCUGCGGUAAGAGGCCUAGCCCCCAAGGAGAAUGCUGACCCCCUAGCAAUGUUGGAUAAGGGAAUCGGAGAACUGGGGCCUGCUACUGGGGCGAAAGAGGAGCAGGAGACGGAGGUGAAGUUCAGUGAGGAAAAGCGGCCUUGUGAAGAAGAUGCUAGCGGAGACGGGGCGGGAGCAAUUGCCCCAGUCGAGACUCCCGAGGAGGUGAGGGAGGAAGCAGGAACGACAAUUGGCCAAGUAGACCAGAAGGAAGCAGAAGAGAGUAAAACCCUGACGCAAAGUGACUGGGAGGAGGAUACACAGAAAAAACACGAGGACAAAAUAAGGGAAUCCCUUGGGAACGUGGAGGUGCAAAGAGAACAGCAAAAGGAGGAAAAGGAAGAGAGGAGUGAAGUACUGGACGAUACACAAGUAGAGGCCAUCUGCCAGGAAAGGAGAUGCGAGCCGGAGGACAGCAGCAGCACUGAGCGCCAAAGGCGAGAGGAGAGCCAGGUAGCAGCCAAAGGAGCCCAGGACCCGGGAGACCCGGAGACAGAGGCAGAGGUAGGGGCGGAGCACAGCGCUGGGGGUGAAGCAGCAGUAGUAACUACCGCAGCCGCAGGAGCAGCUUCCCAGGACACCGUGCGGGGAGGCGUGAAGCUGUUACAACCCCAGGGAGAGCUAGCAGAGCCGGGAGCGGGGAUGGAAGUAGAGGACCUCCAAAGAGGGAGGGCAAAAGGACUAGAAGGUAUAAAUUCUGAAAAUGGUGAGAGCUAUAGAGAAGAAAACAGUCCGGUACACCAAACGGAGCUGGAAGGUACAACGGCCGGGCAGCAGAAGGGGGAAGUGGAGGAGCAACAGAGCCUUGAGGAAAGCCCUGACCCGGGCAGUUUGAUAGAUGAUGAGCAGGAAAAUGAAGCUCUUCAAAGCGCACGUUACCCCGAGAGCGUGGAAGUUGAAGCUGCAGAAGGGCUGGUCGAGGAGGAAAGCGGGGGCCAGGAAGGUGUAAAGGAUUCCGCCGCUGGAGGGGAUCCUAGAGAAGCAGUGCAGGUGGAAUGUGCCAGCCCAGGUGCCAAGAAGGAUGUCCAAGAAGGAGCCCUGGAAGAGGGAAGAGAAAAUUGGGGUAAGGAGAAUCCUGACGUAGAAGUCGUGGUCCAGGGCGAGGAAGAGAACUUUGGUGGGAGCCCACAGAAGGAGGAGGAAAAUGAGGAGGCUACUCCCGAAAGAAACUUAGAAGCAGAGCUGAGCAACCACCUGUCGGAGACUAGCUCUGAAGGUGUCCUUGCUGAAGCCCAGACAAAUAAACUAGGGGAAGGGCUGAACGGCGCGAGAGAGGAAGGAGAAACAUCGGAGGAGGAGGCUUCAGGAGAGAGCGUCUCAGCCCCCGCGCUGGCCCCGGGGAAUGAACACGACAUUUCCCUCUUCGUUAAGGCUGGUUAUGAUGGUGAGAGCAUUGGAAAUUGCCCAUUUUCUCAGAGACUCUUUAUGAUACUGUGGCUAAAAGGUGUUAUAUUUAAUGUUACAACAGUGGACUUGAAAAGGAAACCUGCAGACUUGCAGGAUCUGGCUCCUGGAACAAACCCACCUUUUAUGACUUUUGAUGGAGAAGUAAAGACAGAUGUGAAUAAGAUCGAGGAGUUCUUAGAAGAAAAAUUAGCCCCACCAAGGUACCCUAAGCUUGGAACCCAGCACACGGAAUCAAACUCUGCCGGAAAUGAUGUAUUCGCAAAAUUUUCUGCAUUUAUAAAAAACACAAGAAAGGAUGCCAAUGAGAAUUUGGAAAAAAAUCUGAUAAAGGCUUUGAGGAAACUAGAUAAUUACUUAAAUACCCCUCUGCCUGAUGAAAUUGAUGCCUAUAGCUCAGAAGACAUCACUGUUUCCAACAGGAAGUUCCUCGAUGGGAAUGAGCUCAGUUUAGCAGAUUGUAAUCUCCUACCUAAGCUCCAUAUCAUUAAGAUUGUGGCCAAGAAAUACAGGAAUUUUGAGUUUCCCUCUGAAAUGACUGGCCUAUGGAGAUAUUUGAACAAUGCCUAUACUAGAGAUGAGUUCACAAAUACCUGCCCUGCUGACCAGGAGAUUGAAUAUGCAUAUUCUGAUGUUGCAAAAAGGAUGAAGUGA